UGAUUGUUUCUCUCUUAGCGUUUUAGCAGAGCUGUAGCAAGCAAAACUUUUAUAUCCAUGCAUGUGAUUGCAUCUGAUGUACAGUGGGACCUGUGUUAGUGCAGAACAUGGGGUUGGUAACACAAUUGUUGUAACAGUAAGUGCACAGGGUUGCCUGCUAAUACUACCUUAUCUUUUAAACUUGUGUUCAGCAUGGGAGGAAAACAGAGGCUGCAAUGGAUUUAAAAUAAAUGUUCCAUUUAUAACUAGUGUUAGAUAAACUGUUGGUUUUUCCUCCAGGCUGCGUGAUAGCUUUAGAAGGGAUUUGUGAGUCACAGUUUUCAUAUUACAGCCAAUGUGCUGGUUACAAACUGAUGCUUUUCAAUCACAUCAUGCUUUUUGUGAAUCCCUUCAAUUAGCAAAUAACUCAUCUUGUUUCUCUCACACAGCAGCAGACAGCAAAAGCUGUAAACUGGAUUUCUUUCUUCGAUAUGAAAGUGUUUUCUCUGAGGCCCUUUCUGAUGCCCAGGCUGUGCUGAGAAGACUAGAAGAGUGCAGAGAAAUUGAUGCCUCUCAAAGGGAGGCUCUGGUUGCCCUGGCAGAGGCGGGGGAACAGUCGGUGUUCACAAAGCUGUUGGGCAAAGUAAAGGAUGCUCAGCCCCCGGAUGCACAGACCCUUGUGUCCUUACUGAAGCUGUUUCAAGACGUGAAUCCCACGCUGAGAGCAGCCUUGCUGGAGAGGGAACAGGACGGUGGGGAAGCCCUGCAGCAAACAGAGAGCACGGAAGAGGGAGAGCUGCUGACUGCUCGUUUGCUGGGAUGCAGGGAGGAGCUGAUCCAGAGUGUGACACAGCUGAGCCCCAUCAUAGAGCUCCUGGAGGCAGCAGAAGAGGGAUUCCUGACCGCCUCGGAGAAGCGGACUGAGAUCCUAGGGCUCUUGAUGGAAGGAAGUGGAGAGGAACCUGGGAUCAGGAAGUGGAAGGUGAAUGGUGAGUCCCAAGCUGAAGCUCUGGACAAAGAAGAGGACAGGGCAGGAGGUGCUGGCACCAAGGAACCGAAGGAACCACAAGGGAAAGCUUCUUCCAAGAAGAGUUUUAUCUGCAAAGCUUAUCAGAGCUUCAAUUUCUACUGCUGCCUAAAGGUGCACAUGAAAAGUUGUUGGGUGGCCAAAGGAAAGCAUGUCCAGUGUGAGGAGUGCACUGAAGUCAAAUCCACAAAGAAGGAGCUGGAGAAAGAUCAGCUGGAGGUCCAUGGAGCGGUGGGGAUGGCCAAGAAGAAGACAAGGCGGCUCCCUGUGGCUUGUGGCAUCUGUGGCUGAGAGUUUGCUCAUGCCUCAGUGGUCUGCGCGGUUUGUCCCCAGGGCUUUGCCGCGGCAGUGAAAGGGAGGAAGCUUGAAGAUGCCACUGGAACCAGGAGCGACCGGGAGAUGGUGCUCGAGGUCUUGUAG